ACCAUACAACCAUACAACCAUACACCCAUACACCCAUACACCCAUACAACCAUACAACUAUCCAUAACCAUACAACCACAACAACCACAACCUAGUCCUACAGAAUCUCCAAGAAUAGCUCAAUCAGUAACGAUACAAAUUCAUUCAAACACUUAACAUUCAUGCAACACAACAAAUAACCCUUAAUCCUUAAGAUUAUUGAAUAUUUCACUGCUAUCUUACUACAUUCUCUCCAUUACCCUUUAACGAGCAUACGUUUCAAAUCAAAUAUUUAUUACGAAAUCACUGUUUCGCUGUUUGCUUAAUACCCUCAUUCAAGCUGCACCACAAUCACAAUGUCAACAGCUACCAAGAAACCCCCAGUAUCUUUAGGAGCUGGUCGCAGAACGUCAUCAGAUACUUCCAGUACCGGUAUCCCAAGUAGAAGUGCAACACGUUCACCCACAAAAGAUUCUUCACCUACCAUUACAAACGGAACACACGUACGAAGCCGUUCAAUACGCAGUGGUACCCCAUUAUCCGCACGAGCUGCCAUGCAACGACCGGGCGCUGGUGCAUCCAAUCUGAGUUCAAGCAGUGUACCAUCUGUUGCGGACGAUGACGCAAGGGCUGAGAAUAUUGCUCUUUUGGAUGAUUUGAAGGAGAGACUUCGUAAAACAGAAACGAUAUCAGAGCAAUUCCAAAAGCAAGCUCAAGUUCUCCAGUCAAGAUUAGAUGAAGCCCUACAGGAUCAAGGAAAGUUGGAGGAUCGUCUACAUGAGAAUGAAGAGAAAUUAGAGACUUUACAAAAUGAAAAGAGAGAUGCUCUUCGACAGAAGAGGGAGAUGGAAUCAAUCUAUGAAGCCGAGAGAAGUUCCAUGACAAAGGAGAGGGAAGAAAUGGCAAAUCGAGAGGAGGAAAUGCAGACAAUCAUUCAGCGAUUAAAGGAUUCUCUAUCGCAAAGAUCAUCGUCAGAUGAAGAAUCACGAUUGUCUAGACGUUCAAAUAAUUCCUCCCCAAAUGUCGAAAAUGGCCAAUUCGCUCCUCCAUCCGGUUUAAAUCGCAGCGAUUCUCGCAAUAAUUCCAAAUUACUUCUUCAAAAAGACAGACUCAUUGAAUCCUUGCGGUUAGAAUUGGCAGAAGCUCAAAUCAAGUUGGUAGAAUCCGAGAAUAUGGGAGGUGGAAGAAUGCAAGAGGUCGAAAAAUUACUCUUGGAAGCACGUAUGACAAAUGCAAGAUUGAUGGAAGAUAAUGAGAGUUUCCAAUUACUUUUACAAGAAAAGACGUUGAACGGCGACUUCUCAAAGGAUCAUUUUGAAUACAUGGGUUCAUCUUCCAACGCCGAUGCGCUGAAUGCUUUGGAGGGACGAUCACCAGGAGCUUCUCUCGCAGAUGAACUUUCUGAACUCAACGACAACGAAGGCGAAAAUGAUCAACACCGUCGCCUUGAAGCCGAGUUGAAAUCUGCCAAGGAUCAGAAUAAAGCUUUAACAUUAUACAUCAACAAAAUCAUUGAACGACUACUACAACAUCAAGAUUUUGAAGCAAUUCUUGAUUCGGAUUUCAAAUCUGGAGAUGCUAAGGGUCCUGUUAAUAAGGAUAAAGAUCUUCCACCACCUCCACCAAAAGAACAGGCUAGUGGCGCAUCUAUUCUUCAACGUGCGAAGACUGUAGCUAUGGGAAGUCGCAAACCAAGACCUCAAUCUGUUAUGCCAAUGAGCCAUGGAACUCUCAAUCAAGAUCCCGAAACAGCACCUAGUAUACCAUUCGGAGUUGGCCGUUCAUCGAGUGUUCGACAAGGAGUCCGUCCUAAAUCAGAACAAUAUACCGGUGGUGGAGCAUCAAUUGUUAAUCAAAUGUAUAGAGGCGGCCAAACCUCACCACCCCUCCAUGGACCCCAAACUCCUCGACACUCGCAAACCUUUUUCGGGAAUGGUCCCAUGGCCGGUAAACCCACUUCUCGCCAUCCUUCCUUAGGUCAAGUACCCACCGCGGGUAAUUUCCCGGGUCUCAAGAGCGAAACUAGUAGUAUAAGCGGAGAUAGCGGUGAGGUCAGUACACCGCCCAGUACCAAUAGCCCUCCACGCAAAGAGGCGAGAAAAUUUGCGGGUAAUAAACCAAAGCCAUUACAAUUGGUUCAGGAUAAAGAAGAAGAGGAAAAAACGAAAGCUAAGAGAGCUAGUUGGAUGGGAUGGGCUUUUGGUGGCGCAGGAGCUCAAAAGAAAGAGGAUGGUGUUGCAUCGGCAGGGGUCCUUGGUGAAGAUCCAAUUAUUGAAUAAUUGCGCAAUUGGCUGGGACACUACGAUCUGGUUGAAUAUUUGAGAAAAAUGAAUUUGAUAUGGAGUCAUACUGAAUUGGAAUAAUAAUUCUUGGGGGGAGAUAUUGGCUGGGAAUUUGUGUGGAAUAAUGUUGUUGAGAUAUAUGAUUGAUGUGUUUGGUGUAGAUUUGGAGAAAUGGGUGGUGGAUAUACUUCUUUGCUCUUCACUUUUUUUUUCUUCUAUACUUCUUCACUUUGGUAGGGUUGGUGUGGGAAGGAGGGGCAGGAUAUUCUUCCCUCAGUUCGUAGUCUAUUUUUACAUGGACGUUUAUUAGUCUAGAUAGACCAGUCUCUUCUCUACAUUUUGGGGAGCUUGUUAAGAGCUCGCUGGCGAGAAUGAUGAUGGAUGGAUACUUUGCAUAUACGCUUGCGUGCGUGCAUGGAUGGAUGGACAUAUAUGAAAAUGAGAAUGAAUGAAUGACUUUAAAAUGAAAUUUUAUAAGAUGAUUUCUGAGA